AUGACUCACACGCUGCAUCAAGCGUGCCUGACGCCGGCACGCGCGUCGCAGGGGCUGCGGCGGCGCAGCGUGGCGGUGUUUGCAAAGGACAGGAAAGGGUUCGGAUCGACGCCGACGCAGGCUCCGGCGGAGCAGGCCAAGGUGAACAAGCGGGGCAAGGUGACGAGUCGGCAGGGCACUGUGUCGCCCAAGGAGCAGAAGAAGUCCGUGGAGCAAUACAAGGAGCAGUACGAGGAGUGGCAGAAUGCGCCGCCGGACCUCGAGGACACCGAACUGCCCCAGGUCGUCGGGGACCGGAUGCUAAAGCGCAUCGUGGCGUGCACGGGGCUGCCGAUCCUGGUGUCGCUGACGGUGUACCCGCUGUUCUACUACCUGAAGGUCGUCAAGGACAUCGACGUGCCGACCUGGGCCGUCUACAUCACGUCGAGUCUGACGUGGGGCGGCGCGCUCCUGGGCAUCUCGUACGGCGUGCUGUCGGCCUCGUGGGACCCGGCCAGGGAGGGCACGACUCUCGGGUGGGUCGAGUUCCAGGCCAACCUGCCCGCGCUGAUCGACCGCAUCCGCAGCAAAGGGGGCCGCUGA